UCCCUUCCCUUCCCUCGCUCGCCCUCCCGCCGCCUCCGCCGCCGCCGCCGCCAUGGACUCGGACGAAGGCUACAACUAUGAGUUCGACGAGGACGAGGAGUGCAGCGAGGACAGCGGCGCCGAGGAGGAGGACGACGACGAGCCCGACGACGACGACGACGACGAGCCCGACGACAACCUCGACCUGGGCGAAGUGGAGCUGGUCGAGCCCGGGCUGGGCGUGGGCGGCGAGCGCGACGGGCUGCUGUGCGGCGAGACGGGCGGCCUGGGGCCCGGUGGCGGCGGCGGCGGAGGAGGCCUGGGCGGCAGCGGGCUAGGCGGGCCGGGCUCUGGAGGCGGCGGUGGAGGAGGCGGCGGCGGCGGCGGCCUGGGCCACGAGCAGGAGGAGGAUUACCGCUACGAGGUGCUGACGGCCGAGCAGAUCCUGCAGCACAUGGUGGAGUGCAUCCGAGAGGUCAACGAGGUCAUCCAGAAUCCGGCCACCAUCACCAGAAUACUCCUCAGUCAUUUCAACUGGGAUAAAGAAAAGCUGAUGGAGAGGUACUUUGACGGCAACCUAGAGAAGCUGUUUGCGGAAUGUCAUGUCAUUAAUCCUAGUAAAAAGUCUCGAACACGUCAGAUGAACACCAGAUCAUCUGCGCAGGACAUGCCGUGUCAGAUCUGCUAUCUCAACUAUCCGAAUUCGUAUUUCACUGGCUUGGAGUGUGGACAUAAGUUUUGCAUGCAGUGCUGGAGUGAAUAUUUAACUACCAAAAUUAUGGAGGAGGGCAUGGGACAGACAAUCUCAUGCCCGGCUCACGGCUGUGAUAUCUUGGUUGAUGACAAUACAGUUAUGCGCCUGAUCACAGAUUCAAAAGUUAAAUUAAAGUACCAGCAUUUAAUAACUAAUAGUUUUGUAGAGUGCAAUCGACUGUUAAAAUGGUGUCCCGCUCCAGAUUGCCACCAUGUUGUCAAAGUACAGUAUCCGGAUGCUAAGCCUGUUCGCUGUAAAUGUGGCCGGCAGUUUUGUUUUAACUGUGGUGAGAACUGGCAUGAUCCUGUUAAAUGCAAGUGGUUAAAGAAAUGGAUUAAGAAGUGUGAUGAUGACAGUGAAACUUCGAAUUGGAUUGCAGCAAACACAAAGGAGUGUCCCAAAUGCCACGUGACUAUCGAAAAAGAUGGCGGCUGCAACCACAUGGUCUGUCGGAACCAGAACUGUAAAGCAGAGUUUUGCUGGGUGUGUCUCGGCCCCUGGGAGCCGCAUGGAUCUGCCUGGUACAACUGCAACCGCUACAACGAGGAUGAUGCCAAGGCAGCAAGAGAUGCCCAGGAGGGGAAUCCAAUGCAGCGCUCCCGAGCCGCCCUGCAGAGGUACCUCUUCUACUGCAACCGCUACAUGAACCACAUGCAGAGCCUGCGCUUUGAGCACAAACUCUACGCCCAAGUCAAGCAGAAGAUGGAGGAGAUGCAACAGCACAACAUGUCCUGGAUCGAAGUCCAGUUCCUGAAGAAAGCGGUCGACGUCCUCUGCCAGUGCCGUGCCACGCUCAUGUACACCUACGUCUUUGCCUUCUACCUCAAAAAGAAUAACCAAUCCAUUAUCUUUGAGAAUAAUCAAGCUGAUUUGGAAAAUGCUACCGAGGUCCUUUCUGGGUAUCUGGAACGAGAUAUAUCUCAAGAUUCACUGCAGGAUAUAAAGCAGAAAGUGCAAGAUAAAUACAGGUACCCCUUUGCUCCAGGCAAUACGGCUCAAAAUAUUUAUCGUUGAUCUUGAAUUAAGCUG